AUGAAGUGGCUUCGCUCGGCUGAGAUGGAGUACAUUUCGCUCAUAGUAAAUGAAGAUGCAGCUCAUGAUUGCGUGCAGAAGUUGGGCGAACUCGGUGUCUUAGAGUUUACUGAUCUCAAUCCUGAGCUUACGCCGUUCCAGCGUCGCUAUGUGAAUUAUGUUAAACGUUGCGACGAGAUGGAGCGAAAAUUGCGGUACUUUGACGUAGAAUUGGCGAAAUUCAGCAUCACACCGAAACCAGCGGGUAGUAUCGACCGAUUCCUUGCAGGUUCAGCGGAUAUUCGAUAUGGAUCACAGGACACUGCGACCAGGGCGUUAGAUACGCUUGAGCGACUGCUGGAGGACAAGGAACAGGAGCUUUUGCAGCUCAAUACUAUGCACGAAAAGCUUACGCGUGAGUAUAAUGAACGCAAAGAGCUACAAGAAAUUAUUCAACGCGCAGGCGAAUUCUUUGAGAUUGAAAUCCCGGAAGUUCAGACACGUCGUAGCUUUCGCACGACGUCGAGAUCUGGCUACAGUUUUGAAGAUGUGUCGACUGUUAAUGAGGAAGAAUCGUCUACGUUGAGGUUUCGAAAUGUUACGGGGGUUGUGCCUGCAGACGAACGACUGAAAUUUGAACGGAUGAUCUUUCGUACAACUCGUGGCAAUUGCUUUACGCGGUUUUCACCUAUUGAAGAACCUUUAGUGGAUCCAACGAAUGGCCAGCCGGUACUCAAACAUGCAUUUGUCAUUUUCUUUCAGUCAACUUUCAUUGAAACCAAGUUGCGUAAAAUUUGUGACGCUUUCCAUGCACGACUGUACUCUCUUCCACCUAUGGAAGAUCGAGCUGCCAUUGCCCAUUUGAUUCAAAGUAAUGCUGGAGAAUUGAACCAGAGUAGUCAUAUCUUACGUCGCAAUCGAGAAAGCUGCGUACUGCUUUGUCGUGAUUUGGCCGAAACGCUUGAAUCGUGGAAAUGGUCGGUUCUUCAGGAAAAAGCCACGUAUCAUGCAUUGAACAUGUUCCGAGCGGAUGUGAGUGGUAUGUUGCGUGCAGAAGGUUGGGUGAUCAAAGAAGCGCUUUCGAGUGUUCGUCGUGCGGUGACGAGAGCUCACACGGCGGCGGAUGACAAAUCAAUGCCGUCUCUUGUGGAUACAGUUGCUAAGCCGUGGCCGGUUCCUCCUACGUAUUUCGAGACGAAUAAGUUUACGGAUGCAUUUCAAGCUUUUGUUGAAACUUACGGCUGCCCUCGAUACCGUGAAGUUAAUCCAUCUGUGUUUACAGCAGUGACGUUCCCGUUUCUUUUUGGAGUCAUGUAUGGCGAUAUUGGACACGGUUUUUGUGUCUUGCUCUUUGGACUGUAUUUGAUUUUAACUGAGCAAAAACUUGAACAUCCUGGAAGUAUGGGUGAAAUGAUGGCUUCGAUUUAUGGCGGACGAUACAUGCUCUUUAUGAUGGGAGCAUUUGCGGUUUAUGCAGGUUUGAUCUAUAAUGACUUUUUCUCACUACCGCUUAAUCUUUUUGGCUCGAAGUUUGCGUAUCCCGAUUGCCUGGAAUCACACGAUCGUGAACAAAAAUGUGUGGCGCAAUAUUUUAUUGACGGUGAGAUGACGUACGUGAACGCGACGGACGUUUCGAGUGGAGAUAAUGUGUACGCGAUAGGAUUGGAUCCGAUUUGGAAGACAUCUUCGAACGAGUUGUUAUUUUUUAACUCGUUUAAGAUGAAAAUAUCUGUCAUUUUUGGUAUCGUUCAGAUGACAUUUGGAAUCUUGCUGAAAGGCUGGAACAAUCUAUACUUUCGAGACUAUUCGACAUUUUUCUUCGAAUUCGUUCCACAAAUUGUGUUUGCUGUUUCGCUCUUUUGCUACAUGAUUGUAUUGAUUGUACUGAAGUGGAGUAUUGACUGGACUGAAAGGAUGAAGCACGAAGUGUGUCCUUACAACUUUGCGGGUGAACACACUGGCUGUCGUCCACCUUCGCUUGUCAACACGUUAAUUAACAUUGCGCUCGCUCCCGGCAGCGUCGUGGAUCCAUUGUACGAUGGUCAAUUGAAGACGCAGCAAACGCUCUUGAUGCUUGCGUUUGUGUCGGUACCCGCUAUGCUGCUUGUCAAGCCUAUUUAUUUGAAGAUGCAGCACGAUCGUAAAACUCCAUCUGUGAACCAUCACGUUGACUUUGACGAUGAAGCAGAGGAGCGUCUUGUAUCGCAUCAACAUGGCAACUCGAGUGGCCACGGUGAUGAGUUUGAGUUUGGCGAAGUGGUAAUCCAUCAAGGUAUUGAAACGAUUGAGUUUGUAUUGGGAAUGGUUUCAAACACGGCAUCGUAUUUGCGUCUCUGGGCUUUAAGUCUUGCGCACUCGGAAUUGGCUACUGUGUUUUGGGAAAAGACAAUGUUGUCGACCAUUAAUAGCGAUUCAUUCAUUGCAAUCUUUAUUGGCUUUGCUCUAUUUGCAGUUACAACGUUUGGUGUCAUUCUCGCGAUGGAUGUGCUUGAGUGUUUUCUCCAUGCGCUACGUCUGCACUGGGUGGAGUUUCAAAAUAAAUUUUACAAGGCAGAUGGACACAAAUUUCAUCCUUUUUCGUUCAAGCAGUCGAUUAAAGACUCACAACAGCUUUAA